AUGGCUAUCCCUAGAGUUUUGUGCUUUGGCUUACUUCUCUUUGUGAGUUUAGGCUUAGCUUCGGCUGCCAGAAUUCUUCUUGAUUAUGAUCCACGUACUCGUCAUUACGAUUAUGAUCGUCCUAGUCCAAGAGUAGGGUACGAUCCUAGCCAUCGUGAUGGAUCCUAUGAUAAUUCAUAUGGUGGAGGCUCCAAUAGAGGAUAUGGAAUUGGAGACUCUGCUCUUGGAGGUUCCGGACGAUACGAAGGUGGUGGAGAACAUAAUCCUAGAUAUAGAGAUGGAAAUGAUGAUCGUGGGGUUGGAUAUGGUAAUGGUGGUGGAUAUGGAGGUGUAGGAGGACAUGGUGAUGGUUAUGGUAGCAAUGGCGGUGGAGGCUAUCGUUAUGGCCCUUCCCUUGGAGGUUCAGGAUAUGGAAAUGGCAAUGGAUAUGACCAACGAAGAGAUCAUGGAGUGGGUUAUGGAAGUAAAGGAGGUCCUGAGUCUAGCAAUGCCUAUGGAGAUUCACGUGGAUAUGGAGCACGUGACAAUGGCUAUGGAGACUCACGUGGGUACGGAGCACGUGACAAUGGGUAUGGGAGUGGUGGAGGAGUUGGCGGUGGCUAUGGAGUAGGAGGCCAUGGUGGUAGUAGUGGAAGUGGUGGUUAUGGUAAUGGAGGAGUGCAUGGAGGAGAAUAUGAUAAUAGCAAAGGAAGUGGAGAAGAAGGAGGUUAUGAUGGUGGAUAUGCACUCAAAAACUCCAUCUCAAAUAAGAAUUGA